UGCGCAUGCUCACUAUCCUGACAGCCGCCAUAUUGAUUUUUGAGAAGGGGGUGGAGGAAGAUGGAGACGUGAUUCUCUUGCAUCUUUUGCGGCGUUUUCUCAAGUAUAAACGAACGUUAUGGCGUGGGCGAACAGGGGGCUGGAGGAACUCAUCCCUCUGGUGAACAAACUGCAAGAUGCCUUCUCCCAGGUCGGGCAUCGCAUGGACUUGGACCUGCCACAAAUCGCCGUGGUGGGAGGGCAAAGUGCCGGGAAGAGCAGUGUGUUGGAAAAUUUCGUUGGCAGGGACUUCCUACCCCGAGGGUCGGGUAUUGUGACCAGACGACCCCUGGUGUUACAGCUUAUCCACAACCCUAAAGCAGAAUAUGGAGAGUUCCUGCAUGCCAAGGGGAAGAUGUUCUCAGAUUUCCACGAGAUCCGUGCGGAGAUCGAGGCAGAGACGGACCGGAUGACAGGAUCCAACAAAGGGAUCUCUCCUGUUCCCAUCAACCUGAGGGUCUACUCCCCCCAUGUUCUGAACUUGACCCUGAUUGACCUGCCGGGUAUGACGAAGGUUCCUGUAGGCGACCAGCCGCCCGACAUUGAGCAGCAGAUCCGCGACAUGCUCCUCCAGUUCAUCACCAAGGACAACUGCCUCAUCCUGGCUGUCUCACCGGCCAAUCAGGACCUGGCAAACUCUGAUGCCCUCAAGAUAGCAAAGGAAGUGGACCCACAGGGGAUGCGCACCAUUGGUGUGAUCACCAAGCUAGACCUUAUGGACGAAGGCACCGACGCUCGAAACAUUCUCGAGAACCGGACCUAUCCUCUCCGCAGAGGGUACAUUGGAGUGGUGAACCGUAGCCAGGCCGACAUUGAUGGCAGGAAGGACAUUAAGGCGGCUCUAGCGGCCGAGAGGAAGUUCUUCCUGAGUCACCCUGCAUACAGGCACCUGGCAGACCGCAUGGGGACACCUUACCUGCAGAAAACUCUCAACCAGCAACUGACGAACCACAUCCGGGACACGCUACCAGUUCUGCGGAACAAGCUGCAGGGGCAGCUGCUGGGGAUGGAGAAGGAGGUGGAGGAGUAUAAAAACUUCCGCCCUGACGACCCCACCAGGAAAACCAAGGCCAUGCUACAGAUGGUGAACACAUAUGGUGUGGAUUUCGACAAGCGGAUCGAAGGCUCCGGCGACCAGAUUGACACAGUAGAGCUCUCCGGUGGUGCUCGCAUCAACCGAAUCUUCCACGAGAGAUUUCCCUUCGAACUUGUCAAGAUGGAAUUUGAUGAGAAGGAGCUGAGAAGGGAGAUCAGCUACGCUAUUAAAAACAUCCAUGGUGUCAGAACGGGCCUGUUCACCCCUGACAUGGCGUUCGAGGCCAUCUGCAAGCGGCAAAUCGCCAAACUGAAGGAGCCGUCCCUAAAGUGUGUGGACAUGGUCAUCAACGAGCUCAACAACGUCGUCAGACAGUGUGGCGAAAAGAUGGGGCGCUACCCCCAGCUGCGAGAGGAAACGGAACGCAUCGUGACCACACAUAUACGAGAGCGGGAACAAAGGGCCAAAGAUCAGGUUACUGACUUAGUGGAGAUAAAUUUGGCAUACAUGAACACAAACCACGAGGAUUUCAUCGGUUUUGCAAAGGCAGAUCGGGACUGGUUUGGAAGUGCAUCUACCAAAGGAGCAGGGCGCAGUGGUGCACAGCAAGCUAAGAGUGACAAGACAACAAGCCGGAAGGCCAAGAGUGUGGGCAACCAGGUUAUUCGGAAGGGCUGGCUCACCAUCCACAACAUCAGCAUCAUGAAGGGUGGGUCCAAGGAGUACUGGUUUGUUCUGACUGCAGAGAGCCUUUCUUGGUUCAAGGAUGAGGAGGAGAAAGACAAGAAGUACAUGCUGCCCCUGGAUGGCCUGAGGGUCCGGGACGUCGAGCAGGGCUGGAUGUCACGCAGACACAUUUUCGCACUCUUCAACCAGGAGUCAAGAAACGUAUACAAGGACUACAAGCAGCUGGAGUUGUCGGCGGAGACGCUGGAUGAGGUGGACAGUUGGAAGGCGUCGUUCCUGCGGGCAGGAGUGUACCCUGAACGCAACACGGACACCACCAGCGCGGAGUCCAGCGGCAAUCCCCAGGGCGACCUCGGCUCCAUGGAUCCCCAGCUGGAACGUCAGGUGGAGACCAUCCGUAACCUGGUGGACUCCUACAUGGGCAUCAUCACCAAGACGAUCCGCGAUCUCGUGCCCAAGACCAUCAUGCACAUGAUCGUCAACGACACAAAGGAGUUCAUCCAAUCAGAGAUGCUCGCCCACUUGUACUCUAGUGGUGACCAGGCGUCUAUGAUGGAAGAGUCUGCCACGGAGGCCCAGAGAAGGGAGGAGAUGCUGCGCAUGUACCACUCCCUGAAGGAAGCUCUGAAGAUCAUCGGUGACAUCAACAUGACCACCGUGUCCGAACCCUGCCCCCCUCCCGUGGACAGCGACUCCUGGCUGCCUCCCCCCAGCCCCUCACAGAACAGAGGACUGCAACCUCCUCCAAGUCCAACCAGGAACUUGCCUCCACCGCUGAGUCCUACCAGGCAGCUGGCUCCCCCGACUAGCCCCACUAGUGGCAGGGUGUCCCCAGGUGGUAGCCCCUCGCUGAACCGGCGUCCGAGCCAGCGGACCGGCGGGGUGGCUCGUCCCGCGCCCGUCCCUCCAGGACCAGGGGGGCCCGCCCCUCCCCCUCCUAGGCCAAAUAGUAUGAUGCAGCGUCCCGACCUUCCGUCGCGGCCCGCACCCGCCUUCGCACCACCCGAGAUCCCCGCACGCCCGGGGCAGAACGCAGCACCUGCUAUCCCAAGGCGUCCAGACGCCCCACCAAGGCCACCACCUGGCCGUCCUGCCGUUCCGGCUCGUCCUUGAGUCUUGAAGAAGGACCCCGUCUUGUAGUUAGGAGAAAAAUAAAACAGAAAAAGUGGAAUCACAUUGAUAUUGGUGAUGUGACAGUCCUGUACCCGUACUAUUAUCCCAUACAAAACUGUAGAGUCCUGACAGAGUAUUUUAGAUUUAGAUACCUCUAGGUUAGUCUGACCACUGUGAGUCGUCUACAUACAGCAGCAAAGAGAAUAUCUACGUGUAUAUGGUGUUAGGACAUCAAGAGACUUUCUUGUAGCUUUCUGGUCACUCUUUGUCUCGUGGUUCAUUGGAUAAAUGUGGUUAUUUCAAAGCCCAAACUAUUCAGAAAAGCCAAACAGAUACAUGCAAGAGUGCACCGAGUCUGUUUAAUAAUAACAGUACAAUGUACAUCCGUACAUGAAGACUGGAAGAAGAUAUUUGUUUUGGUUGAACAAACAGUACCUAUACAUGUACAACAAUCAGCUGCUAAUUGGUUAAUAAGAGUUUCCUGGCAUACAAAUCUGUCCUGUGUUUAAGGAACACCAACAAAAGAAUCUGCUUAUCAAUGACAUUUCAGGUUUACAAACUUAACAAGCUUUCAAAUGACUCUGGUAUUAUCUUCAUUAUUGCAGACCAUAGUAAUUUCCAAUGAAUGGUCAAGCUGGAUGUACAUGUAUCAUUGAUUUGAAACAUCAUCCACUCAAAA